CUUCUGGGAUGAUCGGGGCUUUCCCAAAACAAGACUCAUGAACAUUAAACCCCAUCAGAAUGGAGCAAGAGGGCAAAGAAGGAAACCACCCCAUACCACGGUGCAGAGGCUUCUGAGCUGGGGGCUGCCAGUCUCCGGUAGCCGGUUCCUGUGGCGCCAGCCGGGAGAGUUUCCUGUCACUACUUUCCUGCUGGGGGCAGGCACUGGAGGGCUCCUGGCCAUAGGUCUCUUUCAGCUCCUGGUGAACCCCAUGAACAUCUAUGAGGAGCAGAAGAUGAUGGUUUUGUACAGCUUGGUGGGCUUGGGGGCCAUGGGCUGGGGCACCUCUCCUCAUAUCCGCUGUGCCAGCCUCCUGCUAGUACCCAAGAUGCUGGGCAAAGAGGGAAGGCUCUUUGUCCUGGGAUACGCCUUGGCUGCCAUCUAUGAGGGACCAGUGGCCAAUCUGCGGCACAACCUCAAUGACGUGAUCGCAUCCCUGGGCUGCACUGUGGAACUACAGAUCAACAACACCCGCACGGCCUGGCGUGUCUCCACAGCCCCCCUGCGGGCCGUGUUUAAGGACCUGCUGGGCAGUAGAGAAUUAUUGAAAGCAGAGAUCCAGAACAUCUCUACCUCCUUUGAAGACCUGGAUGCCCAGGUGAAGAGUGAGACCGGCUACACGCCCGAGGACGCCGUGGACUCAGGCGAGGCAGCCCAAGGAGUAGAAGCCCGCCACGCCUCAGCCUCCAGACUCCACCUCUCGACACAGAAGCUGUACGAGAUGAAGACCAAGCUGCGUUGCUCCUACGUGGUGAACCAGGCCAUACUCAGCUGCCGUCGCUGGUUUGACCGAAAGCAGGAACAGUGCAUGCGGCGCAUCUGGGUCCCGCUCCUCAACCACCUGCUCUGUCUGCCCAUGAAGUUCAAGUUCUUCUGUGGCAUUGCCAAGGUGAUGGAGGUUUGGUGUCGCAACCGUAUCCCGGUGGAAGGCAACUUUGGGCAGACCUAUGACUCCCUUAACCAGUCUGUUCACAAUCUGGACGGGGAAUUUUCAGCCACUAUUGACCUCAAGGAAGAGAAGCAAGCAGGGGUGCUGGGCCUCAACGUGAGCUGGGAGCACGUGAGCACCGAGGUGCGGGACUACGUGCAACGCCAAGAGGCCCAGCUAGAGUGGGCCCUGGGGCUGCUGCAUGUGCUGCUCUCCUGCACCUUCCUGCUGGUCCUCCACGCUUCCUUCUCCUACAUGGACAGCUAUAACCAGGACAUCCGCUUUGACAACAUUUAUAUCAGCACUUACUUCUGUCAAAUUGAUGAACGCAGGAAGAAGCUGGGUAAACGGACCCUGCUGCCACUCCGCAAAGCCGAGGAGAAAACCGUCAUCUUCCCCUGCAAGCCCGCCAUCCAGGCCUCAGAAAUGAGGAAUGUGGUGAGGGAGCUCCUAGAGACGUUGCCCAUUCUGCUGCUGCUGCUGGUGCUGUGUGGGCUGGACUGGGCGCUCUACUCCGUCUUCGACACCAUCCGCCACCACUCCUUCCUGCAGUACUCCUUCCACAGCAGUCAUAAACUGGAGGUGAAAGUUGGAGGAGAUUCCAUGCUGGCCCGGCUUCUUCGGAAAACCAUUGGGGCCCUGAACACCUCUUCAGAGACCGUGAUGGAAUCAAACAACAUGCCCUGCCUGCCCCAGCCUGUGGGCCUGGACGCCAGGGCCUAUUGGAGAACAGCCCUCCCGACUGGCCUGCUGGUGUGUCUCUGCCUGCUGCAGGCCUUUGGUUACCGGCUCCGGAGGGUCAUUGUGGCCUUCUACUUCCCCAAGCGAGAGAAGAAGCGGAUCCUGUUCCUCUACAAUGAGCUAUUGAGGAAGAGAGCGGCCUUCACCAAACUGAGGAGGGCUGUCAUCGUGAGGCGAGCACGGCAGCAGAAGGCUCCACGCCACCACCUGGUGGACAUGCUGCACCGCCGCUGCCCGCUCCUGCGCCGCUGGCUGCGCCGGCGCUGCGUGGUGUGCCUGGCGCCCGAGACGCCCGAGUCCUACGUGUGCCCGACGUUGGACUGCCAGGCCGUUUACUGCCGGUCGUGCUGGGACGACAUGCGGCGGCGGUGCCCGGUCUGCACGCCCCGAGAGGAGCUCUCCUCCUCCGCCUUCAGUGACAGCAACGACGACACCACCUACGCGGAGUGAAAAGGCGACUGUUCGCUCUCUCGCCCCGUCCUUCCCUUUCAAUAAACGACUUGUUCGCU